AUGGAUCCAAGCCGGUCGAGCGACGUUUCGCCUGAGGCGAUGCAGGCCCGCAUCCAGCAGGCGCGUCGCGAGGCUGAGACGCUCAAGGACAGGAUCAAGAGGAAAAAGGAGGAGCUCGCCGAUACAACACUCCGCGCUGUCGCCGCGCAGGCGCAUGAACCGAUUCCAAAGAAUCAGUUGAUGAGGGCCAAGAGAACGCUGAAGGGCCACCUUGCAAAGAUUUAUGCGAUGCACUGGUCGACCGACCGGAGACACCUCGUUUCGGCCUCACAAGACGGCAAGCUGAUCAUCUGGGAUGCUUACACAACAAAUAAGGUCCAUGCAAUUCCUCUCCGGUCCUCAUGGGUCAUGACUUGCGCUUAUGCCCCGAGCGGCAACUAUGUCGCCUGCGGUGGUCUCGAUAAUAUCUGCUCCAUCUACAACCUUAAUCAGAACCGCGACGGGCCCACAAAGGUUGCCCGUGAGCUCUCUGGCCACGCCGGCUAUCUAUCGUGCUGCCGCUUCAUCAACGACCGCAGCAUCAUCACCUCGUCCGGUGAUAUGACCUGCAUGAAGUGGGAUAUCGAAACCGGCACCAAGGUGGUUGAGUUCGCCGACCAUCUUGGAGAUGUCAUGAGCAUCAGCCUCAACCCAACGAACCAAAACACUUUUAUCUCCGGUGCUUGCGAUGCUUUCGCCAAGCUCUGGGACAUUCGCGCCGGCAAGGCCGUCCAGACGUUCGCCGGGCAUGAGUCCGACAUUAAUGCCAUCCAAUUCUUCCCCGACGGACACUCCUUUGUUACAGGAUCCGACGAUGCUACCUGCCGGCUCUUUGAUAUCCGUGCAGACAGGGAGCUGAACUUUUAUGGGUCGGAAUCGAUCCUCUGUGGUAUUACCUCGGUCGCCACAUCUGUUUCCGGGCGGCUGCUGUUCGCUGGUUAUGAUGACUUUGAGUGCAAGGUCUGGGACGUUACCCGUGGCGAGAAGGUUGGCUCACUUGUGGGCCACGAAAACCGCGUCAGCUGCUUGGGUGUGUCAAACGAUGCUAUAAGCUUGUGCACUGGUUCCUGGGACGCUUUUCUCAAGGUCUGGGCCUAUUAG